AACCACCUCCGUCUUUGCCAACGAGCCGAUCCGCGCCGUCCGCUGGACCUGGCACCGACACCCCCGCGGAGUUUUACUGCCCUGCGCCCAGAACCGCUGCACCGUGGCUCACUCAGGAGUGGCAUGUUCCCAGGGUCCGGCGGACACGGUUGAACUCCUGCUUUCGCCAAAAGAGGAGUCAAUGAAAAUGUCCGUGUGCGUCCAUGAGAACAGAAAGUCCCGAGCCAGCACCGGCUCUAUGAACAUCUACCUGUUCCACAAGUCUUCGUACGCCGACAGCGUGCUCAUGCACCUGAACUCGCUGCGGCAGCAGAGGCUGUUCACCGAUGUCCUGCUGCACGCCGGCAGUCGCUCCUUCCCUUGCCAUCGCGCCGUCCUGGCCGCUUGCAGCCGCUACUUCGAGGCCAUGUUCAGUGGAGGGCUGAGGGAGAGCCAAGCCAGCGAGGUGGACUUUCACGACUCCAUCCAUCCAGAGGUACUGGAGCUCCUUCUGGAUUAUGCGUACUCGUCGCGUGUGGUCAUCAACGAGGAGAAUGCCGAGUCACUGUUGGAGGCCGGGGACAUGCUAGAGUUUCAGGACAUACGGGAUGCCUGCGCCGAGUUCCUGGAAAGAAACCUUCAUCCGUCCAACUGUCUCGGAAUGCUCCUGCUGUCCGACGCCCACCAGUGCACAAAGUUGUCUGAGCUCUCCUGGGGGAUGUGCCUCAGUAACUUCCCUGCCAUUUGCAAGACAGAGGAUUUUCUGCAACUGCCCAAAGAUAUGGUCGUCCAGCUGUUGUCUCACGAGGAGUUGGAGACUGAAGACGAGCGGCUUGUCUACGAAGCUGCCUUGAACUGGAUCAACUAUGACCUGGAGAGACGGCACUGCCACCUUCCGGAGCUGCUCAGAACGGUCCGACUGGCUCUGCUUCCCGCUAUCUUCUUAAUGGAGAACGUCUCAACCGAAGAUCUGAUCAACGCUCAGGCCAAGAGCAAGGAGCUGGUGGACGAAGCCAUCCGAUGCAAGCUGAAGAUCCUGCAGAACGACGGCGUGGUCAACAGCCAGUGUGCGCGGCCGAGAAAGACCAGCCAUGCCCUCUUUCUCCUGGGAGGGCAGACCUUCAUGUGCGACAAACUGUACCUGGUGGAUCAGAAGGCCAAAGAGAUCAUCCCAAAGGCCGACAUUCCAAGCCCAAGAAAGGAGUUCAGCGCCUGUGCCAUCGGCUGCAAGGUGUACAUCACAGGUGGAAGAGGCUCUGAGAACGGCGUGUCCAAAGAUGUUUGGGUCUACGACACAGUGCAUGAAGAAUGGUCCAAAGCCGCCCCCAUGCUCAUCGCGCGUUUCGGCCACGGUUCUGCUGAGCUCAAACACUGCCUGUAUGUGGUCGGGGGGCACACUGCGGCGACAGGCUGCCUUCCCGCGUCACCGUCAGUCUCCCUAAAACAGGUGGAGCAGUUUGACCCCGUUGCCAACAAAUGGACUAUGGUGGCUCCCCUCAGGGAGGGCGUGAGUAACGCCGCGGUGGUCAGCGUCAAACUUAAGCUUUUCGCUUUCGGUGGGACCAGCGUCAGCCACGACAAGCUACCAAAGGUCCAGUGCUACGAUCCGCAAGAGAACAGGUGGACUGUGCCUGCGUCCUGCCCGCAGCCGUGGCGCUACACCGCAGCUGCCGUCUUGGGGAAUCAGAUCUUCGUCAUGGGCGGCGAUACAGAGUUCUCUGCGUGCUCGGCCUAUAAGUUCAGCAGCGAGACCUACCAGUGGACUAAAGUCGGCGAUGUGACGGCCAAACGGAUGAGCUGUCAAGCCGUGGCGUCUGGGAAUAAACUCUACGUGGUGGGCGGCUACUUUGGCACGCAACGGUGUAAAACUCUGGACUGCUACGACCCCACGCUGGAUGCUUGGAACAGCAUCACCACUGUGCCAUAUUCACUCAUCCCCACUGCUUUCGUCAGCACCUGGAAGCACCUGCCUGCAUGAGUGCCGAGUCCUCAUGUCGACCUUAAAUGAGAGCAUUGCUUUCUCCAUCAUCUACUGGAUUCCAACUGUGAAGAAGCGCUCCACGCCGUGCGGCCGAUGUACAGAAAGACCGACCGAAAAGAUGCUGAAUCAUGUCAUUGGAACGACAUCAACUCUCAUCUCGUGAGCCGCUUUGUGACAUGGUAGCAAACCAAACAAGCCGCUGCUCGUCUCAACAUAUCAGGCUGCCGCAUCACGCUGCCGUACCCAGCUUUUUAAAAACUCUGUAAUGCUUCGAUGGACUGCAAUGCAUUGCAUGUGGUGAGGGGGGGGGCGCAAUGAUCGGGGCGGGGAGGAGGAGCCACCACGAAGGAGCGGGUGCCCCCUCUGAUCAUAAGCUUUUUUAUGAUGAAGAUUUGUGUUGAUGAGGUGAACAUCUCCGUGUCUGAGCUAACGCCGUUUCCAAACCUUGUGUCGCUGUAAAAGACCGGCUUCUGUUAUCUACACACUGGCUUCUCUUUAUGAUGCUAUGUCCACGCUAGCCUGUUUUUUUUUUUUUUUUUUUUUUACGAUCGCUGACCAGCGUUUUUGAAAUGUUGUCGGAAAACGGAGACCUCAAAGUUGCCAUUAUUUGAUGAUGGAAUUUCAAACGAAGCAGGCUUUUGCCUCAUUUAUAGUUGCUGUAUGAGAUCAUAAAAGCAGCUGCAUAGGAAGAUGGUUUAUGUAGGACCUGACAACGAUGCUUCUGUUGUAGUUGUUCAGUUCAAGGUUAUAUUGGCUCACAUUUCAGUUGAGCCAAAAGUCGUAAGUCGUAGAUGAAAGACAAAUGCUAAAUUAGCUAAAAACUGAGAUUGGAAAUGUACUGUUUUAAUAACUUGCAAAAUUAGCUUCAAGUUCGUGCAUUUGCUAAAUAUGCUUACAUGUGCCAAAACACACUUUUAUAGUGAAAGCAACUUCCAGAGUUUCGUCAUGAAAUGCUAAAUGGAUUUGUGCGAAUCAAUUAGCAUUAAGCUCAUGUUUUGUAAUGACACCUAAAUUGCACAUUUUGAAUCAGUUUUAUGGCAAAUAUUGCACUCCAAAUACUGUGCAUCCCACUUUAGCUUCCAUGUUACUACAGAUGUGUUUAAUCACAGUUAUUGUCACAGUUGUACGACUAUGAAGCUUGUAGUCGACGUUGCUAGCCUGAAGACAAAUGGGAACGAAUCAAGGGUUUUGAGUAUUUUAAAGUUUGCUAGCGUGGUCAUAGCAUCGCCAUCUCUCCGAUCACUCGUGGUGAAUCAGUAAAACUGGCAUGAACUCGUCGAUGUGGUCUUAAAACUUGCUGCCAUGUUCUUAAUCUUUGUCUUAAUACGCCACGAUAUCUGUCAGAGCUAUUUAUUUCUGCCUGCAACCCCACCAGGAAGUCUUUGUCGUGCAUGAUGUUGUACAUUUUUAUUUAGCACAGUCCAGUCUUGAUGACUUUUAAAAAAUGUUUAAAGGUAGAGACUGAAGUUGCAGCGGGGGUUUGGUUGGGGGAGGAAAAGGUGGGGUCAGGGGUCGCCCGAGUGGGUAGGAAAGUCUUAACUUGUAUUCUCACCAGCCUUAAGUUGAGUCUCAAGUCGAUCUGUUUGCUGUUCACUCGUGAAACGUUCAAGAUGAGAGGUUUUCCCUGCUAUUAUAUAUAUAUAUAUAUAUAUAUAUAUAUAUAUAUAUAUAUAUCCAUUGGGGCUUAAAAUGUUUGUUUUAAAAUUUGUUUUGUUGUUCUUCAUGCCAACAUUUCAAUCCGAAAAUGCCGAGAGACUUCAUGCUGUCAGUCGAUACGAUUGCAAAAAACGAUUGCAAUGUUAAACUGGCGUCACAAGCGUUGAGUAAAGGUCAGACGGCAGAAAGUUUCACGUCGACGGCAAGUAAUAUGAACCAGAAGAAUGCAACGUUGGCAAUUCCUUUCCGUUUGACUUCAUUCAAUUUGGCUGAAGAAACAAACCACCAAAUAAUGAAACAUUUCUUCAGGGAUACCAGAUUCUCAAGGUGAAAUCCUUCGUCACAUCAUGAGCGAGUGAACGGCGCACAGACAGACUUGUGGUCUACCUGAGAUCUUGCUGUGGGAUGCUUGAAUGAUUGUGACUCGGAGAAACGUUGAUUGUGCCGACAGCCGCAGUGCUUUUCACCACAGUGUCCAAAGAGAAUCCGGGUGAGCAUGUUGUGAAGUGUUUUCCCCUGCGUGACCCCACUGUUGUAGGUGAUUUCACAAGCUUUGGUGUAUCUAGCGGGUCCAGUUCUGCUGGACCCAAAAUCAAAAGCCACUUUGAUGCACAUCAAACUGGCAAGGUGGCAUAAGAAAUCCAUGUGACCACAUGUCAAAUUUCUAAAGUAUGAGUGAGCGCCAACAUGAUCACUUUUUAAUUGGUUGGGGGGGAAAAAUAAAUCGGUUUAAGUCAAAAGAAAAUUGAUAGUGGGGAAAAAUAAAUUUGAUCAUACGAAGUAUGUUUAAAACAUUUUCAAAAUAUUUAUUUUUAAUUUCUAUUUUAUUCCCCUCCCUCCAAAUAAAAAAAAAACAGUGACAAAUUCUGGGGGGAAAAGCCUGAACAAGAAAUCACAACUUCUAUUCCAGGAGUUGUUUAUCAAAGAAAGAAUAUGGAAAAAUACAUGAUUUCUGAAAUGACCACCAAAGCUCAACCCCAUGAGCAUGCAUCGUUGGCUUGUGAAAUGGCGUACAAGGUGACUGUCAGAGGCGAAUAACCAAAGCUCCUGCCCCAUUAAAAUGCUUCUGAGGAGCCACCUCAACGUUUAUCCUCCAGAGACCUUUGUGAAGCGGUCCAAACACAGAAGGCCCGUGUCGGCCAAUCAGCUCCCAGCGGCUGAGCUCAAGUUUCCCCGGUAACAGAGGCAAAUGAAUGACCCCUGAUUUUCUACCUAACUGCCGAGGGGCGUCUCCGGCCCGCUCUCUUCUGCCAGGCUCCGAGUGAAAAUGUCAAUGAACGGACGCGUUGACUUCAUUUGUUGUCGUUUGUUUUCUAUUUUUUACGACAUUGUUUUGUACAUGUGAUUUUUUUCACCAUGUGAAAUUCAUGGCUAAUAAACAUGAGAGUUUUUUCCUCUUGACUUAAUCGUCCUGUUCACGCCUCUCUUUGUUAUGGUCUGGUGUUUUGUUCCGAAGAUGCACAAAUAGAAAAUAAUGUUAGCAUGAAUGCUAAUCAAGACUAGCAUAAAACGUUUUGAGCCAAAUUUUUAGCUUUAGCAUGAAGCAAAUGAAAAAUAAAAUGUUUUAUCAAGCGCUAACAUUUCAGAAAUCACUGAUAGAAAAUGUUGGUGAUAUAAUUUUCUGAUUCGCUAAUGUUAUCAGUUUGUGUGUGGGUUUCCCGUGAUUGAGUCACUUUAAUCUGCUGCAUCUCUGGUUGUGCAGAGGAGGAACUGAAAUCAUCUUAUCUCAUUCAGAUACUUUCUCUUCCUCUCUGCUGUCACCUUGGCAACGGCAACCUUUAUCAGCAAACUGCGGGGGCUGGAGGAAAUCUUGGAGAGCCGCUCUGACUCCCCUCGCUCUGACUCCAGACCCUCCAGCUCUCACGCUCUGCCGUGGAAAUGCUCUUGGGCCCCUGAGGAAGUUGAACAUCGAGUUGAAGUGGAGAGCGAGAAGUUUCUCAGUCAAGGGUUCAACCAACCAAUCGUGAGCAAAAACAACGGCAAAAUAAACACAACUAGCACUCACUGGUUCAGUUUGAAGCAUGAAGGGCUCAUCUAGGGUCAGUUAGAG